AGAUGCGUAAGCGUGAAUUACAAAGCAUUCCACUAAAGCUUGCCGAGCUGAAAGAGUACGAUGUUGUUCGAAAUGAGCGCGCAAUGGCACGUAACCAAGGGCAGCAGGAGGAUGCAACGCCAGAACAGCCUUCGCCAAUUGCCAAUGUUGGACCGAAAACAAAAAAAGAAAUACAAUCUCGGUUGAAUACCACUUUGUGAAAUAGAAAAAGUCUUUUACUUCGAAAAUAAAUUACAGUUAAGUAAAUAGGAACAUGUACAUGCGUGUCAUUUAACGCACCGAGAAUUUGGAAAAUAAUAUAAUAUCCGGCCGGUUUUUAGUGCCAGUUUAAACUUAGGUUACGUAAAUUGCGCUUAUAUUCAACUGACUGA